GUAGAUGUUUUUAGAGACAUAUGAGUAUCGUCUGCUUAUUGACUCACAGAGCAGGCGUCGAUCAUCUCGUUUGCAAAGAAAAUGCUUUUGUAUAACGUGCCAGCAGAUUUUCAUCUGAUUUUAUAUUCAAAUGUUGUGCAUUUACUGUGAAAAGUGCUGCGCCUUUAAUCUCUAACAACAUGGAUGUUAUUGUUCCGAGAGAGUCUACAAAAGGAUCUUCAACUCUCAAACAAAAAAUUUGCUCUCCUGUGAAGAAGAUGUAACGAUGGGCCAAUCUGGUUGAAACUGACCGAAGCACUGAUUGAUCUGUUACACUUAUACAUCACUAUCUUCAUUAAGAAGUCAACAUGAGGACACUAGAAGAAAUCGAGCAGUUGGAGCAGUCUCGAUACGGACGGCCCUCACCAAGGCAUGGUCUCAAGUUGCUGUAUUGGUUUGCUAAGAACUGUCUCUCUUUCAAGCAAAACAAUGUCAUGCUGUCACACUGUUAUCCAAGUAAAGGACAUUUUGGGUUUCACACAUUUGAAAACAAAUAUGAAAGAAACGGUUAUAAACUUUUGCCUGAUGUGGCGCUUCCCUACUACGAAGUUGGCAAUCUGAGCAAACCGGCUGCUGAACAUCUUCCGUCUUAUGUCCGAGAGGAUUACACCGGGCUCCGAGACAGAAGCAACAAGGACCGCAUCAUAGUCAGCCUCAACAACAAGUGGCUUCAUAGCAUUUAUGUGACUGAGCACAGUGAUUGGUCAAGUUUUAACAAACAAGCCACCUACUGCAUCAGCAAGCACCUCAUUCGGAUGAUCAGGGAUCUGACCUUAGAAGAGUUUCUUCUAAAAACUGGUUAUUCGAAAGAGCACAUAAACACACAUGGUCCUACAGAACUGAGGAACCAACUACCUUCAGUCUUCGCUCCACUAAUAACCUCCAUCAACAUACAAGUACAAGACCUUCACACUGAGGCCGAAUUACCUUUAAGCUUGGUAAAGAAUAAUACACAAGGACACCAUGAAGCUCCAUCAAAAUCCUCAUCCUCCAUUUGUACUCCAGCAUCUUCAUCUUCAAAAAACCAAGACCUUCACACUGAGGCCGAAUUACCUUUAAGCUUGAUAAGGAAUAAUACACAAGGACACCAUGAAGCUCCAUCAAAAUCCUCAUCCUCCAUUUGUACUCCAGCACCUACAUCUUUAACAACCCAAGACCUUAACACUGAGGCCGAAUCACCUUUUAGCUUGAUAAAUAAUAAUACACAAGGACACCAUGAAGCUCUAUCAACAUCUCCAGCACAUACAUCUUCUCCAAACCAAGACUUUCACACUAAAAUUGAACUUCCUACAGACAUCCAAACAAUCUUCACACUCACGCCAUCUCCUUUUUUACAAAUGAACUCUUUCUUCUGGGGGUUUUGUUUUGUUUUUCUGUUUUUGUUUUUUUUCUUUUUAUGGACGGACGCUAUGAAAGUGUCAACGAUUAUCGUUUUUCUAUCUUCGUCAUUUCGUUGGAAAAAACGCAACAAAACACAAAUCCACGCUGUGACCACCAACGCAUUUGGCCUGAACGUCAAAUCUCCAAGGAACCAAAGCCCUAAUACGGACCCUUCUCCAAUUUCACAAAUCAACUCUUACUUUUGGGUGUUUUAUUUCCUUUGUCUUUUUAUCUUUUUCUAUUACUUCUGGGGGACAGUGAUGCAGAUAUUUCUCAUUGCUGCGUUUUUAUUCCAGACACAUAUCUCAAGAAGAAAUGCUGUGAAUGAUGAGAACUUUGAAUGCUGUGCUUCAAACUGUUCCUUUCAUUAUAGCUGGAAAAUCUCACUUGCAUCCUUAGGCCAAGUCUUUAUGGCAUUCAGUCUUACAUUUAUCUCUUUUGUACCACUGGGCAGAUAUGGGACAAAAGGGCCCUACUCAGGGGCCCAGGAAUGGCAGCAUAGUGUGCCUGGGAUUUGAACUCAUGACCUUUGGAUCCAAAAUCUAAUGCCUUAACCACUAAACUACAACCUCCCACAUUAGAUUAGUGCAUAAUACAUAACACUCUAGAUGGUUCCAUUUAGGCUUUGGACUGCAAUGUAUAAAACAGUUGCCCACAAUGCAUUUAAACUACAAUUGGCUCAAACAGUUCUGCACUCGUGUCCAUCAGUGAAACUAUGAUACAACUGUAAAUAUAGCUGCAAGCAGCGAUGGCGGGCCCUCGCACAUUUUUUUAUCGCUAUACGGUGCCUCACGGAAAACAAUGCAUGGUUGGCAAGUGCAUCAAGUGGGUAAAUAUCAGUGGACUAUUUUAUGUCAUUACUGACCCAUUUGGGGACUGUAGGUAAAAGAAACCCCACAUUUUAGUCAAACGGGGCGCUAGUAAAACACUUAAGAGACACACCUUUGGCUGACCUUUUUGUCCACACUUAACAGCCGACAAAUGUGAUGUAUGUGUCAAAUUUCAAGGUAAUCUAAGCAUGCCAAAAGCCUUAAAUAUGCCUGAAAUAAAAGUAAACUUUGACACAAUGCCAUGGCAACAGUGUUUGAGAUAUUAAAAAUGGGAGGAGUAUGUAAAAGUUUACCACAUGCAGCUGUCAAAAAAUCCACCUUUGUGACUGACACACUUCCUGGGGCCUGUUGGUGGCACUAUACCUGGGACUCACAAUAGGCAAAUCGAUGCGAUCAGAAUCUUUGGCCAAACAUGCACCCCACGUGUCAUCACAAUAAGACAUUUUUUGCCUUAGAUAUUAGACACUUCCUGUUUCUCUGAUUUCGCCAUAAAUUUGUCGCCUCGCCAUGGCAGCACCGUUCGAGAUAUCAAAAAAUCCAUUCACAAUUUAGCAACUCCAAUGUCUUGGCAUUAUGUUUACCAUGUUUGGUGUCAAUCGCAUGAAUCCACUAGGAGGAGUAUUUAAAAGUUCACCACAUGCACUUCUAAAACCAUCCAAAAUGGCCGACUUCCU